AUGAGAAAAAUAUUAGUUUUCAUGAUUGAAAAAAUAUUAGUUUCUGAUCGUCGUUAUCUUCCCUGUCUCCUGCACCCGUCAUUCGUCGCCGACCACAACUCCCCUAGUAGUACGUGA